UCUUCCAGAUAUCCUAAUCGUUAAAUUGUGAUGUAAACUUACGAAAUUCGUCUAAAAAAUCAAUAAAUACCAAUGUCUUUUCAGCUUCUGAAGGCAGUUCUUCAAACGCGAACACAAUUAACAUCGAAAGUCUAUAGAAUCGGUGUGGUUUUCCAAAGGCAACAUAGAGAAUUUGCCAGCGCAUCAUUGUUCAGUGACGUACGGAAAACGGCAAGUGACGAAAUACAUUGCGUUGCUGGUAGAAGAGGAGAUUUGUUAUCCUUACUGUAUUCGACUAAGCGGUUUAAGAGUGCUCAGGCCAAAGAAGACAAAUCAUCUACUGUUUGGGGUUCCAAAAAGUCUAAACGAAACGUAAGGUUACAACUGAAAGACAUCAUGAGCAAUUCCGAUACGGAAGCCCAAUUGGCCCCCUUAAGGGCUGCCGUUCAGGAGCAAGGCAAUAUAGUUAGGGAGCUGAAAGCGAAUGGAGCACCUGAAAUCGACGUGAAAAAGGCAGUGGCCGAACUGAAACUUAGGAAGAAAGUGUUGGAAGACAAAGAACUGGAAUUGACCCCGUCAGUGGUGAACUUCGAUCGCUCGAAAAUGGAAGAUUUGCUAAAGCGUCGCUUCUUCUAUGAUCAAAGUUUCGCUAUUUAUGGUGGCAUUACUGGCCAAUACGAUUUUGGUCCAAUGGGUUGUGCUUUGAAAUCCAAUAUCCUGAGUCUGUGGCGUCAAUUCUUCAGUCUGGAGGAACAGAUGCUGGAAGUGGAUUGUUCCAUUUUAACUCCAGAACCUGUGCUUAAGGCCUCCGGACAUGUGGAUCGUUUUGCUGAUUUAAUGGUAAAAGAUGUCAAGACUGGUGAGUGCUUCCGUUUGGACCAUUUGAUUAAGAAUGCUUUGGAAAAGCUCUCCAAAGAGAAAACAGCCACUGCAAAAUUGAAGGCGGAAUGUGAAGACAUUGUCAUCAAAUUGGAUGGUAUGACUAAACAAGAAAUGGCGGAUGUCUUGGCCAAAUACAACAUCAAAUCUCCCUUGACUGGCAAUGACUUGACAGAGCCCAUAGAAUUUAAUCUCAUGUUUGCCACUCAAAUUGGUCCUACUGGUCUGGUGAAGGGUUUCUUGCGUCCCGAGACGGCACAAGGCAUUUUUGUCAAUUUCAAACGCCUGCUGGAAUUUAAUCAAGGUAAAUUGCCCUUUGCUGUGGCCCAAAUUGGUAACUCCUUCCGUAAUGAAAUUUCUCCCCGCUCUGGUUUGAUACGUGUACGAGAGUUUACCAUGGCCGAAAUCGAGCAUUUUUGUGAUCCCACUCAAAAGGACCAUUCCAAAUUUGAAAAUGUCGCCUCUACACAAAUGACCUUGUAUUCGGCCUGCAAUCAAAUGGAUGGCAAGUCUGCACAAAAAAUCUCAAUUGGUGACGCUGUGAAAUCUGGCUUGGUGGCAAAUGAGACUUUGGGUUACUACAUGGCUCGUAUUCAUCAAUUUUUGCUGACCAUUGGUAUUAAAGCAGAAUGUUUGCGUUUCCGCCAGCACAUGAGCAAUGAAAUGGCCCACUAUGCUUGUGACUGCUGGGAUGGCGAGUGCCUGACGAGUUAUGGUUGGGUUGAAUGUGUCGGUUGUGCUGAUCGUUCGGCCUAUGACUUGGGCCAACAUAUGGCAGCCACCGGUGUACGUUUGGUAGCUGAGAAACGCUUGCCAGCUCCCAAGACUAUUGAGGUUUCCGAGAUCGUACCUAACAAGCAGGCCUUGGGUAAGACUUUCAAAAAGGAUGCCAAAGCCAUUACAGAUGCUUUGGCCAAACUCUCAUUGGAUGAGGUUAAGGCUGUGGAGCAACAAUUGAAUGAAGCCCAAGAAUAUAACUUGACCACCGGAGAGGGUUCCUCGUUUAAGCUGACUCCAGACACAAUUGCCGUGAAACACUCUUCAAAGACAGUGCAUGUGGAGGAAAUCAUACCCAGUGUGGUAGAACCCUCAUUUGGCAUUGGACGCAUAAUGUAUGCUUUAUUGGAGCAAAACUUCCUGUGCCGUGAUGGUGAUGAGCAACGUUGCUAUUUCACCCUACCCUCAGUUGUUGCACCUUUGAAAUGCUCCAUCUUGCCCUUGUCCAACAAUGCAGAAUUCCAGCCUUAUACACGUCAGCUGUCUUCGGCUCUAACAAAAGCCGAACUUUCGCAUAAGGUUGAUGAUUCCAGCGGUUCCAUUGGACGUCGUUAUGCUCGUACCGAUGAAAUUGCCAUUCCCUUUGGUAUUACUGUAGAUUUUGACACCUUGAAAGAACCGCCCACUGUAACUUUGAGAGAUCGCAACAGUAUGAAACAAGUUCGUGUGGAUAUCAAUGAAGUCAUCGAGGUGGUUAAAGAUUUGUCUCUUGGGCGACUUGAAUGGACCCAGGUGUUGGAGAAAUAUCCCUUGUUUGAGCAGCAAGAGACCACAACUAAGUAAAGGGAGUGCAGUGCAGUGAUGCAUUGUUGCAUUAUUACUAUAUUUUAUACAAUCGUAUGGCUAUUUAUUAAACAACGUAUUUUUUAUCUCUUAUAUUUUCAUUUAAUUUUUUUUGGAAUUUGCUAUCACGAAUUAAAACACAUAAGCGCAUUUAAAAAAUCCAAAAAAUAAUACUGCAAUAAGUAAUCGAAAACUGUUUAUUUAAUAAAUCUGAAUAAAGUGCUUAAAGCAAUAAAACUAAAUUAAAAGUGA